CUCGUCACACAUCAACUCCAAUUAUCAAUAGCCACCGCCACAGCCACCGCCUCCCCCCUCUCUUCUACUCUGUUUUUGUUACUUUUCAUCAAAUUCUCUUUCUCAUCGAACUAUUCAUCUCAAAUUAUGACUUCCACCUUCGAUUGCUGCAGCACCCUCGCCGGAAAACUCCAUCCUGGACCCAUCAAUCCCCUUCAUGUCCGAGAAUUUCGUGUUUUUCGACGCCGGAGACUCAAACAUUACCGCCAUGGCCACCAUCGCACCGACUUCACCAUCCGAAGCCAGUCCAACCCCUUCGAAAGCCUUUUCCAUAACUUGGUUUCCCAAGUUACCACCGUCAAUUCCUUGGAGCUAAUAGCUCCAGCGCUCGGAUUCUCUUCUGGCGUUGCACUUUACCUGUCCAAUGUCGUCUCUUCCAAAAAUUCCGCACUUUCGGAUAUUGGCGAAUGGAUUUUUUUGUGCAGCCCCACGCCGUUCAAUAGAUUCGUGUUUCUUCGCUGUCCUUCUAUAGCUUUCCCUGGAAGCGACACAAACCUUGUGGAGGAUGUGAGCGAGAGAUUAGUGAAGGAGGGCAGGCACUUUGUGAGGCUCAACAGUGGGAGAAUGAAAGCCACUACUGGUGAGGAUGAAAAGGAAGACAAAUUGACGUACCAAAGAUUGUGUAUAAGCACCGAAGAUGGUGGGGUAAUUUCAUUGGACUGGCCGUCUCAUUUGAACUUGAGGGAAGAACAUGGUUUGGACACUACGUUAUUGUUAGUGCCCGGAACCCCAGAAGGGAGCAUGGAUAGGAAUGUGCGGUUGUCUGUGAUUGAGGCUCUUGGGCGAGGCCUUUUUCCCAUAGUCAUGAAUCCUAGAGGCUGUGCUGGUUCACCUCUUACCACUGCACGGUUGUUUUCAGCUGCUGACAGCGAUGAUAUCUACACAGCCGUUCAGUUUGUUAGUAAGGCAAGGCCUUGGACGGCAUUGAUGGCCAUUGGCUGGGGAUAUGGUGCAAACAUGUUAACCAAGUACCUGGCAGAAGUUGGUGAGAGAACACCACUUACCGCUGCAGCAUGCAUUGACAAUCCCUUUGACUUGGAGGAGGCCACCCAGACCCCUCCAUAUCACAUGGCCAUUGAUCAUGAUCUCACUGGUGGACUGAUUAAUAUUCUGAGAUCAAAUAAGGAACUUUUUCAAGGGAAAGCAAAAGGCUUUGAUAUUGAAAAAGCUCUGGAAGCCAAAUCUGUGCGUGAUUUUGAAAAAUUAAUAUCUAGUGUUUCUCAUGGAUUUAAUUCUAUUGAAGAUUUCUACUCAAAGUCAAGCACAGGAAGUGUGGUUGGGAAUGUGAAAAUCCCCGUACUCUAUAUCCAGAAUGACAAUGGAUCAGCUCCAGUGUUCUCAAUUCCACGCAGUUUAAUUGUAGAAAAUCCAUUUACAAGUCUUCUUCUGUGUUCUUAUUCGCCCUCUAGUAUUAUAUCUAGCAUGAAACCUGUUCUAUCUUGGUGCCAGCAGUUAUCAAUUGAGUGGCUUACAGCGGUAGAGCUUGGACUAUUGAAAGGUCGACACCCUCUUCUCAAGGAUGUUGAUAUUACCGUCAACUCUACCAAAGGCUUAGCCCUUGUGGAAGGCAAAGCAGUCGAAGAAAGAGGAAAAGUCAUCAGACAACUAGGUUAUAACUGGUCAGAUGCUUCAAGUGGGUACCAAUCAACAAGGUUUAUCAAGAAGAAACUUGAAGAGAGUCACAGUAGUUUCCAUACCGACCUAAUAUCUCAAAGUAACUCGCAGAGCAAAUCACAACUUGAGGAUAAAGGAUCUCUAGAAAUUGAAGUUGGGGUUUUGAACCAAACCAGCUCUAUUAGUGAAGACAUGGGGGAAAAGCAUGAAGUUCGUUCUGAAAAUACUGAAAAAGGUCAAGUGUUACGGACAGCUGAAGUGGUUAUGAACAUUCUUGAUAUGACUAACCCUGGCACUCUGACAGAGGAAGAGAAGAAAAAGGUCUUGAAUGCUGUGGGUAAAGGAGAGACAUUGAUGAAAGCUCUGCAAGAUGCUGUUCCGGAAGAAGUUCGUGGAAAGCUUACAACUGCUCUAGCUGGGAUAUUGCAUGCGCAAGGAUCAAACUUAAAGGUUAAUGAUCUAAUUCGUAGUUCUAAAAUAUCUAAUGCCACAUUAGAAUUAGAGAGAAAGACUGACGAGAAGGUCAGACAUGCGGCAGAUGCUGAAGGUUCCUCACAAAUUUCUGCCCCUUCGCACGAGAUGGGAGAUGUUAAUGAUGUUUUAGAUGGUUCUGAUAGCUAUCAACCUACAAAGGACAAAUUUGUUGAGGAACUAGAAUCUGAGCCUCCUUCCUCUGCUAAACUCCUUGACCAAAAUGGUUCUCAAGCACUUGGCAUUCAUGAUGAUGAUACUAUCAGUUCUAUAGGGAAGGAGACAAGUGGCUCUGGUAGUACUGAGUCAGAUGAUGAAUUUUCUAGGGAAAAUACUUCUCAGUAUCUUGUUGAUGAUGAGAAAGAACUGGGUUUGAAGUCUGAACUUUCGAGCAAGGACGAACAGGUAAGUAACCACAAAGUAACCAUUGGCGAUAAUCACAAAAACCGGGGUGGAGAAAUUGGUCAAUCAGAUAAGGAGGAAGAGAAUAAACCCAAGAAAAAUGAAGAGAAAGCUGUAGAUCCUUCAAGUGAUGAUAAGGCUGUUUCCUCUUUGACAAUAGAGGAAGCACUUUCAUCACCAAGGUCUACUUCAGAGGCCGAGGCAAUACGUGUAGAACACAAAUACAACAAUGAUCAGAAGGAUAAUAAUAAUAUACCACCUGUUGUAGAACCUACUAAACCUGUCAUUUCUGAACCUAAUGAUAACAACUUUAGCGUUUCUCAGGCUUUGGAUGCUUUGGACGGGAUUGAUGAUUCCACUCAGGUAGCAGUUAAUAGUGUGUUUAAUGUAAUUGAAAAUAUAAUCUCACAGUUAGAGGGUUCAGAAAAUGAAGGUGAGGGCAAGAAGACUGAUUUCUUAGUUGACAAUCAUUGCUCAGGUAAUAAUGAUGAAACAUCAUCGGUGAAGAUAGAAAGUGGUUGUCAUAAUAUUAAUAUACCAGAGAGGAGAGGAGAUACAGAGCAUAAUGUUAGAAGUGGACAGGAAGAGGAGGAGUUCACUUCAGACCUGGUUCCAAUUAAUAGAAGCUAUUUGAUUAAAUCUCAGUCAGCCCAAGCAGGCCAGGAUGGUAAUAACAAGGACAAACUCCUCGAUGAUUUGGAUGGCAAUGUGGACAUGACUUCAACUGCGUAUUUAGGUUCUGUUCACGAUAACUUUCUCUUGAACUACGUUACCUCAAAUAUGCCUACUGAAUCACUUGAUAAGGAUACAACUACAGCUUUGUUGCUUGAUUAUAUUCCAGAAGAAGGCCAGUGGGGAUUUUUUGAACAACAGGGAAAUGAAAAUGGUGCUAUUUCAGCAUCCCAAAGAGUUCAUGGACAAGUGAAUGCCUAUGCACAUGCAAAAGUGAAGAAUACCGAUGAUGUUAUUGAGCCACUUUAUGUGAUCUUGGACAUCGAAAAUCAGCCAGAGCCAGUUGGGGAGUAUCAAACCACGAUAAACGGAAAGGAAGAGUUUGAAUCUAAUGGUGGAAUAAAGGAUUUCAAAUACUUUGUUAGAAGUAUUAUACAGGAUAGUUUGCAGAUUGAAGUUGGAUGUAGAUUUAGUGCAGUUAACAAAGACUUUAAACUGGGUGUUGACAGAGACAUCGAACAUGUUGCAAAUUUGUUGUCAGUGGCUGUUGGAUACGGUUGUGGGUGUAGCCAAUGUUUAGGUAGUCAAAGUGACAGCAUUGAUUCCAGUGCAGAGAAAACGGGCACCCUUUGUGGCGAGCAGAUUAUUAGAUCAAUUUCAUCUUCUGUUCAGGAAACUGUUUAUUUGAAAAAAAUUCUUCCUCUAGGUGUCAUUAUUGGCUCUAGCUUGGCAGCUUUAAGAAGACAUUUCCAUGUGACUACACUGCGUGAUGAUAACCAGGGCCAAUGCUUGUUCAUCGAUCAAGAUAAAAAAUCUGGUGAAAGAAACCACGGUGAAGCUAAUAAUGGGAGAGAGCCCUCUCAAAAUGUUACACUGACCGAUACAGUGUGUGAGGAAGGAGGAUGUUCUAAAAUGAGAAAUUUAGAUGAAGAUACUGUUGUGGUAGGCGCUGUCACAGCUGCUCUUGGGGCAUCUGCACUACUAGUACAUCAGCAGAGUUUAUGUGAAACGAACGGAACUACUGAAAGCUCAUUGAAGUGCAAGGAGAAUGAUAAUCUUCAGAAAGAGCCAGAAAGAAAUGAGGAGCAGAUAAUAUCUGAUAAGAAUCAUAACAUUGUCAGUUCUUUUGCUGAGAAGGCAAUGUCAGUUGCUAGUCCGGUGGUGCCAAAGAAGGAAGAUGGUGAAGUGGAUGAAGAAAGGCUAGUCUCUAUGUUAGCUGAAUUAGGAGAGAAGGGUGGCAUAUUGAAGCUAAUAGGUAGAAUGGCUUUACUCUGGGGUGGUAUACGUACUGCAAUGAGUGUGACUGAAAAACUUAUCUCAAUUCUUCGAAUAGCGGAACGCCCUUUGUUUCAGAGGUAAGGAUGGAUGUUCUUUUGUACGGGUAGCCUCCUUAUGUCUCCUUUAAUUAUUCUUUUUCAUAUAUCAAGCUAUUAAAAAUAAAAAGUUAGUAGAGAGAUAUAUCACAAUGUACUAUUUACGUGGAAUUCUUAAAAAUUUGAUUUAUUAUCUUCUUGUACUGAAGGAUCAUUAUCUUCCAUUGGAAUUUGAAUGAACAUGUUAGAUAACAUAAUAUCAAUUUUGACUCAACACAUUUAUUUAGUCUAUCAUUUAUUAUUUACCAUAAAAUGGUGAAUUGAAUGCUGCAAAUCUUUAUUAUAUGUACUAGAAAGGGUAUUUAUUUAUUCAUCAUAUUAGAGCAUGGAUACUCGAGAGAAAAGAUUGUGAGGAAAGUUGUUUUGAAGUAAAAGCACCAUAACAACUUACUAUAUUUUUUUUGAAACGGAAACAAACUUUUUUAUUAAUGUAAAUCUCAAAGUACAAGAGAAUUAUAAAAUGAGGAAAAUAGAGAAGCCAAAAAGAGGGGAAGGGGGACCAAGGGAAAACCAAAGACCAAAAGAAAAUCCAAGUACAGCAAUUACAACAGUGCGAAGCAGCCAAACAUGUAAGAAAUAGAACUCAAGAAAAAACAAUACAAGAAAUGAACCGAAAACAACAGACUGGCAGAACUAGGGAAUGAGGAAGAUGAAGGAGGAACAACAGCUGAUUAAUCAUCAAACUUGGAGAAAGACAGCCCGGUUUAAACGAUAGAACUUGAAAGGAGUGAUCUUUAGAAUCCAGACAAAACGCACCAGCAAGACCUUCUUCUAACCCACAUGGUAAGCAAGAAACCGUCGAGAAAAAACCUACCGAUUCCACGAAGAACCAGCCAAUGACCUAAAUUGCUCAGUCCAGAACAAUGCCACAAUCUUCGACUAUGGACACCAAGUCCUUCGGAAAAGCUAAGGAUUUUAGGGGGAGGAUCAAGGGGCAUUGACUAGCAGCGCACAAUCAGCCUCAAAGAGUGCGUUAAAAUUCAUCCCUACAAUCUCCACAACAGCCUUGUGAUUAGAAGGGCACCUCAAGUCUGUUGACUCUUCCCAACUAACACAGAAGGAAGAGUCUAUCUCUAAAUCUGCUCGCUUCUUGGUGGAAACCACAUCUCUAGUGCUCCUGCCAAACGGAAAUCUUUCAUGUGCCCAACGAGUUAUAUUAAAAACCCCAGCAACACACCAAGUCGCUGCCGCACAAACAUCUAAGGAAGACAAUUUUGGCCAAACCAAUUUUCUCUCUGUAUCCACAAGGGCCAUAGGCAUUUGUAAUCCAACAUACCUUUUUACACAAGGAGAGGCAUUUGAUAGAUAGAGAGAACCUUCUUUUAAUAACUUCAGUAACCAAGAUCUUGCUACAAUCUCACAUGUUAAGGAUUCCUCCGGAUGACCUGACCGAUGCCACAAAUUCCCAGCCAAUAUCCUUGGAGCUCCACAGUGAUUUAAUGAAAACUGAAUUCAAACUUUCUUUCUUAGAUUCUUGAAUCAUGAUCAUGUCUGGAUUACAGUUUCUGAUGAACUUUUGAGUGCUGCACGUUUAGAGAAAUCAUUUAAGCCCCUAGUGUUCCAUGAGACAAUCUUCAUUAUGGCUAAGAGAAGGAUCAGGAUGGUUGCAGUUUUAAAUUAGGCCAGAAUAAUUCCACAUUCACUGACUGUUGACAUCAACUCUUUAGGCACAUCUGGUGGAAAAUUAUCUGGGAGAAAACCCUCCUCAUUAAACAAAACAUUUAAGUCCCUCCCUUCAAUUUCUGAAUCUGAUUUAGGGUCAAACUCACUAAGAUCAACUAAUUCUUCACUACUAACAUUGAUAGGAGAGAAAUUUUCGGGCUGUUCUUUAGGACUUAAGUCAGCUUUGCAUGCAGAGCCUUGCUGACAAGUUUUUGCAAUGGAGGUGGAGGAUUUUGAAGUGUUGAGACACUUUGAAGGAGAAGUGCUAUUUACUGAAUUGGAAAAAUGCUCAGGGACUUGGAUUUUAGAGCUGUAAACUUCCAAAAGAUCUAGGUUAUUGACAGAAACUGAAUGUUUGAUGGUAUUAUUCCGAAAAGAGUCCAAAGGGGAAAUUUUAAGGUCACAAAUCCCAUUUAAUUCAGAUUUUAUUAGGGCAGUCCACACGUUGUUGAAGGAGGUUUGCUUGCGGAUAUAGUGUUCAAGAAUUUUUGGAGUAAGAGAGGACUUACUACCUUUUUCACACUUGGGAUGGUUGAAAAUACCCACUUCUAAUGAAAGAUAGCCCCCUGUUCUAGCAUAAAGAAAAGAAUCAGAAACUGAAACAUUUUGCAAUGGUUUUUGCAAUAAAUCUGCUGAGCUGUCCUCCAAAAUGCUUGGGCAAAAAACACAUUUCCAAGAUAGUGAAAAGAAAAGAAAAAACAACAAUAGAAAAUACAGCAAAACAAGGAUCAACAAUGAAGGUAAAUAAACAUUGAAGGUCAAAGAACUAUCUUACAAUUGCACCUAACAGAUGAUGAGAGCUAUGAAAUGAAUGCUGAAGCAAUGAAUAAAACUUUAACCACUAAAGCCUACUUCAAACCCACAACCAUUUGAACUGAAGCCCUAAAAUUAUCAGACAAAUGAAACCCACUCUUUAGAUACGAAGAGUCAAGCCAACCCAAACAACUCGAAAA